GCCCCGUAGGGCAACAAGGAUGGUUAGUUUUGACCGUGCUUAUUUGUACCAUAAAACAUCGAUCCUAAUUGACAGUUAUCUGGGCUUUAUAUCUGCCAACCUGCCAACCUUUUUUGAACUGUGGUCACUAAAUGAAGAGGUUCUGGCCUGGGAAGGCCCAUGCAUUCCUUCAAUUGGAUGGAGAGCGAGGAAGUGACUGGCGAUCUGGAGAAUAGGAGGGAAUGUUAACUAGGGAGCACCGCUGCAGCCGAUCAGAGGAGCAGGAACCGGAGCCUGGGCUGAGUCCAAAAAAAGCCGGAUCCGGAUGGUGGCCCCAUAACGGCUGGAAGUGGAAGAUGGAGGAGCCAGAGGAGCCUGCGGACAGUGGGCAUUCCCUACCCCCAGUUUACAUCUACAGUCCCGAGUAUGUCAGCAUGUGCGACUCCCUGGCCAAAGUCCCCAAAAGGGCCAGUAUGGUACAUUCUUUGAUUGAAGCAUAUGCACUGCAUAAACAAAUGAGAAUAGUUAAGCCCAAAGUGGCUUCUAUGGAGGAGAUGGCCACCUUCCACACCGAUGCCUAUCUGCAGCAUCUCCAGAAGGUCAGCCAAGAAGGAGAUGACGAUCAUCCAGACUCCAUAGAAUAUGGCCUAGGUUAUGACUGUCCAGCUACAGAAGGGAUAUUUGACUACGCAGCAUCUGUAGGAGGGGCUACAAUCACAGCUGCCCAAUGCCUGAUUGAUGGAAUGUGCAGAGUAGCAAUUAACUGGUCUGGAGGGUGGCAUCAUGCAAAGAAGUAAGAAAAUGACCUUUCUGCUUUCUGCCUCUUUCCUUGAGUCAGUUCCUCUGUUAUGUAAGCUCAUAUGCUUAUUGUAUUGGCAUUUAUUGAGGGA